GUUAGUCAGGAUCAGCAGCAUCUUGUAACCUGAAGGAAGCAGCUUAUUUCUAGUUCCUUUCCAAACACAAGAAUGGGCUGCCUGCAAAGAAUGUUUGGAAUUUUAGCAAUCUUUCUCUUUCAACUUACCAGCUUGGUAGAGCCAACUUUCGAUGCAGACAAGUUAACUACUUUCCUAGAAGACGCAAUGUCGGAGUUCAGCUGCAUUAAAACGGCCGCACUCACAGUCGGGGUGGUAAUUGGAAAUCCACCAACAAACUUUAACAUAGUCAUCGGAGACAGUGACGUUAAACAACGUCAGAAAGCUAAUUCAGAUACCUUGUUUGGUAUCGGCUCCACGACCAAAGCCAUGACAUCCAUCAUUGCAGAUAAGGUGUUGAAAGAAAAAGGUCUCACGUGGGACACGCCCAUCAAAGACUUUUAUGGGUCUUUUAAGUUACCAGGAGCUGAGAGGACGGAACAGGUAACAUUUAAAGACCUGUUCGCGCACAAGACAUGCCUGAGUAGGAGUGAUUUCUGGUGGGCCUCCGGUCCUGAUAUAUUCGAUGUAGAGGAAAUGAUGUCCAAACUACAGUUUCUAGGCGAGAAGUGCGAAUUCCGGUCCGAGUUCAAAUACAAUAAUCUGAUGUACGUGGCAGGAUCACACAUCAUAGAGAAACUUUCCAACAAAACAUGGGAUGUUUUGAUAAAGGAGCACAUUCUGGAUCCUCUAGGGAUGACCAACACUAAAACCUCCUUCAAGGAAGCCUUUAAGACUGGGAACACAUUGAAGGGCUACGAACCAUUCAAUGGUUCUUUUUAUGAACUUCAAACGGACGCUGACUUAAUAAUAGAUCUGGUGGGACAGGCUGGCUCGGUUCACUCUACUGCUGAGGAUAUGAACAAGUAUAUGAGGCACAUUGUGGAAAAUAACGGGGAGAGAUACGCCGAUCUAUUUUGGGACCAGACCGCAUUUGACAUUGGAAAAUACUUUGGGGUAACUGGGCAGAUCACCAAACCUACGUUUCCAGCCUCUUCAGAAAUGAGUGAUUAUACUAUAAGUUGGGUGAAAGGGCAGUAUGAGGGAGAAGAGAUAUUGGCACAUGGAGGAGACACUUUCACCACUCACACCUUCAUCACCCUCAGCAGAGAAAGGGAGUAUGGGAUCUAUCUCUCCUGCACUGGUGGUCUCAAAGCUCGAACCACUAACCAACUGAUCACAUGGUUUAUACAAGACAUGAUCAUGGACAAGGAACCGUGGAUAACUGCCCAGAACAUCUGCACCUACCCAUCUGAGUGGGAUGAUACACCUGAACGAGACAGAAGUGAUCCUGACUGGGGCCUUUACGUUCCUGAUGACUCAGAUACUCUCAAAUCGUUCACAGGAACCUACUCACACGAUAUCUUCGGCGAUGUUGUUGUUUCUUUUGCGGAUGAUGAGGGAUUGCAAAUAGCUUAUCAAAAGGUAAACUGCACACUUAAAAGAAAGAAGGAGUCAGAAAAAGAGUUCCGUUGUCAUGCCAGCGCUCCUAGUCUGCCAUCAGAUUCUAGAAUCACCCAGGACGCCAGGAUCCUCAACGUAAACUUUGAAGAGGGCAAACUUUAUUCCAACAUGUUGGAACGUGGGGAGAACUAUGAGUUCAACAACAACAUUUCACCAAGACUAUCACUAGUUUUCCUGUUGCUCUUUGUGCCCCUUUUUGUAAUGGCCCCUUAGAAAUAUACCGUCAGUCGUAGGCAAAUAGGUAGAGUACUUUUGGAGAUUGAUGGGGCCAAUAGAAUUUUCAUUGGCUUCACUUUCCUUUGUUGUUAUUCGACUUAAAUGCCCGAUUUAGUUGUUCAACUAACUUUAUUUUGUGAUUUUUAUAGUAGUUGUAGAAUGUAGAUACCACCGAUCAUAUUUAUUAUGAAUGCCGGAUAGAUUCCGCAUAUUCCGCUAUGUCCCUACUCACAGGGGGACUAUGGUGCAGCAGUUAGCAGCAGUUAGCAGCAGUUUCUUUGCACUAUUAUAGUCCCCCUGUGUACUGAGUACUGUAGAUAUCAGAAUUAUUUUGAUGGUGAUAAUUUGGACAGAUAUUUACAAGCAAAAUUUUGAUCGGCUUAAAAGAUUAACGCUUUUUUCGUAUCGAUCCUGGAAAACAGUGUUUGGUUUAUUUUGGAGAAAUAUAAGACCAGUUUUAAAACUCUAGGACCAUUUGGGGUCCCAUUAUAGUCCGGAUUAUUGCCGUUAAAAGAUGUGUAUAUUUGUAUAAUUUUAUCUUAUAAUAAAUUCUUGUUUGUUAAAACAAGCAUGCUUACUUUGUAUGGUCGACGUUAAUUUCAAACGUUUCUAUUAUUGAUCGAUUGUUCCUAAUGUUUACAUUUCUCAUUUGCUCAUAUCACGCACACGUCUUCUGCACAGCUGCCGUCCUUGUGCUGUUGGUUAAUCAUGAUAUGAGCGGGAUAUAAAUACCUCAUUUCAUUUAAUCGCAAGCAGCAAUGGUGUGGAUUUGGUUGUGAUCAAAACGUUAUUGAGGAAAUAAUUCUCAUUAUCAAUCAAUUAUUAAUCAAUUAUUAUUCAAUUAUUAACCAAUUAUUAAUCAAUUAUUAAUCCAUUAUUAAUCAAUUAUUGAUCAAUUAUCAAAUGUAAUUGUGAUAAUCGAAGGAUUGGAAGAAAAUAGAAAUAAUCAUAUCUUGUAUGGAAAGUUCAAAGUUUUAUGCAACUAUGAUUAUGAAAGUAAAGUAAUAACUUAGUAGUUAUAAAUUGCGACUGUAAUUACAAUUGAUUAAUUCAAAUAAUUACAAUUAUUUACCUGAUCAUAUUAAAGAGUGUUUCCACAACUAUUGUCACUUUGAAGCAAUGUAGAUAUGCAUUCUGAUUAUGAUUUUUAUUUUAAAUCUU